AUGCCGAACAUUGUGUUUUACACACUGGAUUUGAGUCCCCCGUGUCGCGCCAUUGAACUGACGGUGAAGGCGCUGGGUUUGGAGUUGGAGCGAAAGACGGUGGACGUGUUGGGGGGUGCCCAUUUAAAACCUGAGUUUUUAAAACUAAAUCCGCAACAUACGGUCCCGGUGCUAGACGACGAUGGAACGAUCCUGAUCGAGAGUCACGCCAUCAUGAUCUAUUUGGUACGAAAGUACGGCAAGGACGAUACGCUCUACCCGACGGAUCUGGUCGAGCAGGCUCGCGUCAACGCCAUGCUGUAUUUUGAAACGGGAGUUUUGUUUGCCCGGAUCAGGUUCAUUACCGAACACGUCUUUUCCAGACAUCACGCCGAUAUACCGGACGAUCGGAUCGAGUACGUUCAGGCGGCUUAUCGAUUGCUGGAGGACAGCUUGACGGAGGACUUUGUGGCCGGUCCGAAGAUGACGAUCGCCGAUUUCAGUUGCAUCUCCACGGUGGCCUCCCUGAUGGCCUUCAUACCGAUGGAGCAGUCGACGCAUCCCAAAAUCUGCGCCUGGGUCGAGCGCAUGAAGCAGCGUCUUCCGCACUACGAGGAGCUGAACGGAAAUGGAGCUACCGCAUUGGCGAAGGCCAUUCGCACGGCACAGGAAGCCAACCUUCUUUUGCGACUCUCCAUCGCGACGGUUCCGUUUGUUUUACGCGGUUCUUUUCCUCUCGAGCUCAAUAUGACGAAGCUGGUCCUGUACACUCUUCAUCUGAGCCCUCCGUGCCGUGCGGUGGAGCUUACCGCGAAGGCUUUGGGGCUGGAGUUGGAGCAGAAGGAAGUGAACUUGCUCGCGGGCGAUCAUUUGAAGCCGGAGUUUUUGAAGCUCAAUCCACAGCACACGAUUCCGGUGCUAGUAGAUGCCGAUGGUACGGUCGUUAGCGAGAGUCACGCGAUUAUGAUCUAUCUCGUGACAAAGUACGCCAAGGAUGACACGCUCUACCCGAAGGAUCCGGCCAAGCAGGCACGCGUCAACGCUGCGUUACACUUUGAAUCCGGUGUCCUCUUCGCUCGGAUGCGGUUCAUUUUUGAACGCAUUCUGUUCUACGGAAAGUCGGACAUUCCCGAGGAUCGCGCCGAGUACGUCCAGAAGUCGUACCGUUUGCUAGAGGACACCUUGACUGAGGACUUUAUCGCCGGUCCGGGCAUUACGAUUGCCGAUUUCAGCUGCAUCUCAACCAUCUCGUCGAUCGUGGGCGUUGUGCCGAUGGACGAGGCCGAGUAUCCGAAGAUUUACGGCUGGAUCGCGCGCUUGAAGCAAUUGCCGUACUACGAGGAAGCCAACGGGGGUGGUGGAACUGCACUGGGCAAGUUUGUUCUCCAGAAAAGGGAGGAGAAUGCCAAGGCGUAGAAACGGUUGAUGGAAGAUUUAAUUAUUCCGUUUGUUGAAUGCUAAUGAAGUCGUGGA